UUUUUUUAAAGAAACAUUUGUGCAAAAACUGGGUACAUAUUUCAGUAUUUACAAAAGUCGGAACUGAAGUGAAGCGUAUUACCUGAAAGUCUGCAAAAAAGAUGGCUGUUCCACCGAUUGAAUUAGCUCCUCCGCUACGUGUAUCUCCUUUUAUUAGGGCUUGCCGAUAUGGUGCCUUAUUCACUGGAGUUGUUUAUGGAACAUUACGAUUCAAAUAUUUGAAAAGGAAAGAAACAAAGAUAAGAGAUUAUAACCAGAAACAAAAAGCAAUUCUAAAUGCUAAACUGGAGGAAGAAAAUAAAGCUGCCACGAGGAAGGAAAUGCUCUACCUUGCUGAACAGUGCAAUGUAACUCCUCCUCCUGGAUUCUGAACUCCUGAAGAUAAAUCUUAGUUCUGUUAUCAAAUUACUUCGUAAAACAAUCCUUUAUGUUGUGUGUUAAUAGAAAAAUAAAUUCUGUGACAUUU